ACAGGCCUGAGUUCAAUCCCCGGUGGAGUAGAAUAACUCUGAAUUACCUGGGGCCGGUCAGCUCGAUGGUGCCUCAAGGCCGUCGUCCUUCUUCAAAAAAUACCGAUGGGUAAUACAGAAAGAAAAGGAAAAUGGAGAGGGAUAGGAGGGGGAUAUGUUUGUCGCUCGGUCGGAGGAUGUAGGCGACUGCGAAAGGGUAGGGAGAACAGGCGAAGGAACAGUUCAGCUCUUUGUGAAGACAUUGUGUGGUGAUAAAACAAUCGCCGUAGAUGUGGAGAGAAGUAGCACCGUAAGCAAUGUGAAGGCCAAGAUUCAGGAAAAAGGCGUUCCCACGGACUGCCAGCAUCUCAUAUUUGCUGGGAAGCACCUUGAGGAUGAAGAGAAUCUGGCAGACUUGAACAUCCAGAAGCAGUCAACGCUUCACCUUGUGCUUAGACUGAGAGGGGGAACGAUGAUCAAGGUCAAGACACUCACGGGAAAAGAGAUAGAGAUUGACAUCGAGCCAACUGAUACAAUCGAACGAAUCAAAGAGAGAGUGGAGGAGAAAGAGGGGAUUCCGCCGGUCCAGCAGAGGUUGUUUUCGCGAGGAUGCGUGGUUAUGGUCGAGAACGACAGCACCGCGACCGCGAAUGGGUCCCGCGAAGAAUAAGAGAUGACUGGAAGGGGCAGCUCGGGGUUCGGUAUGAAGUCCUUGAGUGCAUUGGCGAGGGGACGUAUGGCCAAGUGUUCAGAGCACGGCGAUCCUCAGAUGGGGAGAUUGUUGCGUUGAAGAGGAUUCAUUUGCAGGAGUCGUUGGUAAGCUCGUCAGCAUUGUCAGAAAACAGUGCAGUUGUGGACGAGAUCAGCGCGCUGCUCGAGCUGGACCACCCGAAUGUGGUAAAACUCUUGGAGUACUUUGAGCACAACUCCGCGGUGGUGCUUGUCUUCGAGUUUCUGGCCACAAAUUUGGCGGAGGUGAUCAAGAGAGGUCAAGAGCCUUUGGACGAAGCUGAUGUGAAGGGGUGGAUGGUGCAGAUCUUAUGCGGCCUGGCUGCUUGCCAUGAUGCUGCCAUCAUUCACAGAGACCUGAAGCCUGCAAACCUGCUCAUUUCGAAGGGAGGGGUACUAAAGCUGGGUGAUUUCGGAUUGGCCCGAGUGUGCAAAGAUGGAGAAAGGGUGGAGUUCACACAUAUGCUCGCCACCAGGUGGUACCGGGCCCCUGAGCUUCUCUAUGGUGCGAGAGAGUGUGGAAAGGGUGUGGAUAUCUGGGCUGUUGGAUGCAUCUUUGCAGAAUUGCUUGCCCGUGCACCAUUGUUUCCCGGAGACUGUGAGAUAGAUCAACUCAGCAGGGUCGUCAAGAUGAUGGGCAUCGCGGAUGAGUCCAAUUGGCCGGGUGUGAGUGAUCUUCCUGAUUUUGGAAAGAUACUGUUCUCUCCUCCUGAGAUAAUUCCCUUGGAGCGGGCAUUACCAAAUGCCUCAGAAGGAGCAAUUCGUCUCUUGAAGAAGAUGCUUGUUUAUUCUCCAGAGAGUAGAGUCAGUGCCGCAGAGGCUCUUCAGGAUGAGUACUUCUUGACCGCCCCACUACCAAAGCCUGCUGCAGACCUGUGGAUUCCCCCCAUCACCCCCCAAAAGGGAACUACAAGAGGAGAGGGAAAUACAAGGCAUCAGUGGAGGGCGACACAUUGUUGACUAGGCAUUAAAUCGACGAUUGUGGCAGUAGUGAAAUUUCAACCAAUGAAUGAAGAUUCCAACCAAUCAAUCAAUGGGCACGUGACAGAACAACAAAACAAUUGUAAUGGUGGCAGAUUUGGUGCAUUGGAGAGUGUAAUAACCAUGUGUGCAAACAACACCAGAAUCAUAAUUGAGGGAAAUUAGGCGCAUUGGGGCGUAAUGAGCAUGUGUGGAAACAGAGAAAGUGUAGAUAUCAGAGUGAACAACGGUGGAGAAGAUGAGCACUUAGUCCUCGAGAAGUGGGCUGAUCCAAUCUUAUCCGAGAGGGGAAAAGGAGCUAUGGCGAUGGAUCCUAGGCUUUCCAUUGUCAGUAGUGUCCUCUUUGCCAAGAGUGUAUGGAAACAGCCAACACCGUAGAUGUCAUCGGGAUUGACGAUGAAGGAGAAGGAUAUGAGCACCCAAUCCUCACGAACGGCAUCGUGGUUAGUAUCUAUCUAAUGUGAGAAGGAGAAAGGAGCUGCGGAUAUUUUGCCGUCUACUCCCAUUGGUGGCUUCUGUACCAAAUGAAUGGCACGAGCCCUUCGUACAAGGUCCUUGUGACAGGGCCCGCCAUAAGAUCCUUGUUUCCAGGACCUUGUCGUUGGGCCCUUCUCAUAUACUUCUUGUGAAGUGGGAAGAAAUGUAUGACAAAGUUGUUCGCUAGCAGCUCUGGAUAAGCGAGGGAAACGACGGAGAUGUUUUCGGUGGGGCCUCGCCACAUUUGGCAACCCCGGAGGCUUAUGACCAGCUUUGGGCUCAUUCUGUGCAAACAUAGUCUGUACCCUUUCCCUUAGGAAAAGUUGUGAUGAGAUGGACGGCCACUGCAAGCAGACUAAUUGCAUGUGGUCUCUUGGGUUGAGUCGCGUAUGUAAAAAGUACUAAAAACUUCAAAAAGUUGAAAGACUGCACAUUCUGCCAGUUGGAGAUAUGGAGGACUUCCAGGUCGUACAGGGAUCCUGAACCUGUAAAUAGUUAAUGAAGACCGGAUCUCUGAGAUCCCAGAGUUACGGAACAUUGUUGUCUGUUAUUUUUUCUCGAGUACUCGCACAUUUCGUUCUUGUAAGAGAAUUUUGGUUGUGACGACAGAGAAUCUUUUCCGUUUUUGAUUGCUGCUCGACGGAGGAGAGAACCAGCGUAGCAGAAGACACAGCAGGGUGACAAGUUGGCAGGGAUGAGAUGAUGAGGCAAAUUACUAUUGACUGGGAAGGAACCAGAGUGCCAAAUCAGGAGGAAAUACUUGCGUAUGGAUGAUCGAGAUGUUGGAAGGCAGGGAUGCUAGCCCUAACAUAUGUGCACGGUAAGCUGACUCAGGCCCCACUCCCCGUCCCUUAAUCAUGAUCCAUGAAGCUCCCUUGUCCGCCGCGGAAGUGCGUACUGAGAGUUGUAAUAUCCUGAAUGUAUUUAUUUCAAUUCCGUUGAUGGCUAUAUUUCUUCCGUGGAAGUCCCCACGUGUGAGUAUACCUGAGUCUUGUGGUAGGCAACUUGGCAAACUGGGGGUUAGGGGGAGGGUUAGCAGGUGCCGAUGGACUGCCGAUGAAUGAAGUUCCAAAUAUAUAAUGGGAACUACCCAAUAAUAAAUGAGGAAGAAAAUC